CGCGGUGGGGCGGAUCCCCGGAAGAACCCGCAGCAGCUCCCAGAAUGAGCUGGUGGCAGUGGCUGCUGCUGCGGUGGCGGCGCUGAAAGGACACGAGCUCUAUGCCUUUCCGGCUGCUCAUCCCGCUCGGCCUCCUGUGCGCGCUACCGCCUCUGCACCAUGGUGCGCCAGGUCCCGACGGCACCGCGCCAGAUCCCGCCCACUACAGGGAGCGAGUCAAGGCCAUGUUCUACCACGCCUACGACAGCUACCUGGAGAAUGCCUUCCCCUUCGAUGAGCUUCGACCUCUCACCUGUGACGGGCACGACACCUGGGGCAGUUUUUCUCUGACUCUAAUUGAUGCACUGGACACCUUGCUGAUUUUGGGGAAUGUCUCAGAAUUCCAAAGAGUGAUUGAAGUGCUCCAGGACAACGUGGACUUUGAUAUUGAUGUGAACGCUUCUGUGUUUGAAACCAACAUUCGAGUGGUAGGAGGACUCCUGUCUGCUCAUCUGCUCUCCAAGAAGGCUGGGGUGGAAGUGGAAGCUGGAUGGCCCUGUUCCGGACCUCUCCUGAGAAUGGCUGAAGAGGCAGCCCGAAAGCUCCUCCCAGCCUUUCAGACCCCCACUGGCAUGCCAUAUGGAACUGUGAACUUACUUCAUGGUGUGAACCCAGGAGAGACCCCUGUCACCUGUACGGCAGGGAUUGGGACCUUCAUUGUUGAAUUUGCCACCCUGAGCAGCCUCACUGGUGACCCUGUAUUCGAAGAUGUGGCCAGAGUGGCCUUGAUGCGCCUCUGGGAGAGCCGGUCAGAUAUCGGGCUGGUCGGCAACCACAUUGAUGUGCUCACUGGCAAGUGGGUGGCCCAGGACGCGGGCAUCGGGGCUGGUGUGGACUCCUACUUUGAGUACUUGGUGAAAGGAGCCAUCCUGCUUCAGGAUGAGAAGCUCAUGGCCAUGUUCCUAGAGUAUAACAAAGCCAUCCGGAACUACACCCGCUUCGAUGACUGGUACCUGUGGGUGCAGAUGUACAAGGGGACCGUGUCCAUGCCAGUCUUCCAGUCCUUGGAGGCCUACUGGCCUGGUCUUCAGAGCCUCAUUGGAGACAUUGACAAUGCCAUGAGGACCUUCCUCAACUACUACACUGUAUGGAAGCAGUUUGGGGGGCUCCCAGAAUUCUACAACAUUCCUCAGGGAUACACAGUGGAGAAGCGAGAGGGCUACCCGCUUCGGCCAGAACUCAUUGAAAGCGCAAUGUACCUCUACCGUGCCACGGGGGAUCCCACCCUUCUAGAACUUGGAAGAGAUGCUGUGGAAUCCAUUGAAAAAAUCAGCAAGGUGGAGUGUGGAUUUGCAACAAUCAAAGAUCUGCGAGACCACAAGCUGGACAACCGCAUGGAGUCAUUCUUCCUGGCCGAGACUGUGAAAUACCUCUACCUUCUGUUUGACCCAACAAACUUCAUCCACAACAAUGGCUCUACCUUUGACGCAGUGAUCACCCCCUAUGGGGAGUGCAUCCUGGGGGCUGGGGGGUACAUCUUCAACACAGAAGCUCACCCCAUUGACCCUGCUGCCCUGCACUGCUGCCGGAGGCUGAAGGAAGAGCAGUGGGAGGUGGAGGACUUGAUGAGGGAAUUCUACGCUCUCAAACGGAACAGGUCAAAAUUUCAGAAGAAGACUGUGAGUUCGGGGCCAUGGGAACCCCCAGCAGGGCCAGGAACACUCUUCUCACCUGAAAACCAUGACCAGGCAAGGGAGAGGAAGCCUGCCAAACAGAAGGUCCCACUUCUCAGCUGCCCCAGUCAGCCUUUCACCUCCAAAUUGGCAUUACUGGGACAGGUUUUCCUAGACUCCUCGUAACCACUGGAUAAUUUUUUUAUUUUUAUUUUUGUGAGACUAAAUAAUAAAUCUGCUUUUGGCUAUCAU